AUGGCUCCAAACAACUCAGUUGCAGUCACAAUCCAGAAGCCAGACAACUCUUUUCUAAAGGCCAAGUCUUUAGACUCCUCUGUGUUCUUUGAUAAGCAGAAAGUAGCGAGCCCCAAGCAAUUUACGUGGGUUCUUCUUCUCAAAGCCAACAGAAUCUUUGCUUGCCUUUCAUGGCUUCCAAUGGCAUUCGGAAAACGCAUUGCUCUAUCGGAUAUGAGCGAUGAGGAGCCGAGAAAUCGAGGAAAGUUGUACACAUUCAUCAAGGCUUUUCUUCUUUUGUCAAUAGUGGCUUUGGGAGUUGAAGUUACUGCUCAUUACAAGAACUGGAAUUUGAAUCUAGUUCAUCAACCUUGGGAGGUUCAGGGUCUGGUGCACUGGUCCUAUGUAGCUUGGUUGUCUUUCAGAGUCGACUAUAUUGCACCAGUGGCGAUCUUUCUUUCUAAGUUCUGCAUUGUUCUGUUCCUGAUUCAAUCUCUUGAUAGAUUGGUUUUGUGUCUUGGAUGCUUCUGGAUCAAGUUCAAGAAGGUCAAGCCUACCAUUGAGCCAGAUGCUUAUGAUGUUGAAGACCCUUUUAGCUUCCCAAUGGUCCUUCUUCAGAUUCCAAUGUGCAAUGAGAGAGAGGUGUACGAACAAUCCAUCGCGGCGGCGUGUCAGAUGGAUUGGCCUAGGGACAGACUUUUGAUUCAAGUUUUGGAUGACUCAGACGACAUAGUUCUACAGAAUUUAAUCCAAGAUGAAAUCUCAGCAUGGAGUCAGAAAGGUAUCAAUAUAAUCUACAGGCAUAGAUUGAUAAGAACUGGCUACAAAGCUGGGAAUCUUAACUCGGCUAUGGGAUGUGAGUAUGUCAAAGACUAUGAGUUUGUGGCAAUUUUUGAUGCUGAUUUCACACCCAAUCCUGAUUUCCUGAAACUCACUGUUCCUCAUUUCAAGGGAAAUCCAGAAUUAGGAUUAGUUCAGGCCAGGUGGUCAUUUGUGAACAAGGAUGAGAAUUUACUUACAAGGCUGCAAAACAUCAACUUGUGCUUCCAUUUUGAAGUGGAGCAGCAGGUUAAUGGUAUCUUUCUCAACUUCUUCGGAUUCAAUGGAACCGCAGGAGUUUGGCGAAUUAAGGCCCUGGAAGAAUCUGGAGGUUGGCUAGAGAGAACAACAGUUGAAGACAUGGACAUUGCAGUCCGAGCACACUUGAAUGGAUGGAAAUUCAUCUUCCUCAAUGAUGUAGAAGCCCUCUGUGAAUUACCAGAGUCUUAUGAAACUUAUAAGAAGCAGCAGCAUCGAUGGCAUUCGGGUCCAAUGCAGCUCUUCAGAUUAUGCCUUCCUGCUAUCCUAACUUCCAAGAUAUCUAUAUUCAAGAAGGCCAACUUGAUAUUUCUCUUUUUUCUAUUGAGGAAGCUGAUUCUUCCCUUUUACUCAUUCACAUUGUUCUGCAUCAUACUUCCAUUGACAAUGUUCAUACCAGAGGCUGAAUUACCUCUUUGGGUAAUCUGCUAUGUACCUAUUUUCAUGUCCUUCCUCAAUAUUCUACCAUCCCCAAAAUCCUUCCCUUUCCUAGUCCCAUACCUGCUGUUUGAAAACACAAUGUCUGUCACAAAAUUCUCUGCCAUGGUCUCCGGCCUAUUUCAGCUGGGAAGUUCUUACGAGUGGGUGGUGACAAAGAAGACUGGAAGAUCAUCUGAGUCAGAUUUGAUCGCGCUAGCUGAAAAGGAAACAUCACAUGAUGAGAAGAUCCUAAGGAGGAACUCAGAGUCUGGUUUAGAAUUGUUGAGUAAACUCAAGGAACAAGAAGUGGCAGGACCUCCCAAGAAGAAGAAAAAUGGGAUUUAUAGGAAGGAACUUGCUCUUGCUCUUCUGCUACUUACAGCAUCAGCAAGAAGUUUCCUGUCAGCACAUGGAGUUCACUUCUAUUUCUUGCUUUUCCAAGGAUUGUCAUUUCUUGUUGUAGGUUUGGACUUAAUAGGUGAGCAGAUUAGUUAAAAGCUUCAAACAAAGUGCAGUCAU